AGGGAAUGAGUACACAUUAAUGUUUUGAAAGGAUAAAGUAGUUUGAGUUUUGGAUGUGGUACAAGUUAUUGAAAGAUAUUGACAUUUUGGAAUUUUUUAAAUUAUUCUAUAGAUUUUUCAUAAAGAAAAUUAUUUAUCGGAAUUUUUAGACUUUUGAAUCGUUGUGCACUUUUAAGAAAGUGGUAUCAUUACCUAAUAUUAUUUUGCACGAUCAUAUUUUCUAUGAUUUAAGUAAUCGGCGUAGAAAUUUAGCUUCCGAUGUAAAAUUAAUAAUUUAAUUUUAAUUUUUUUUUGAAUUUAUACUUCAGGAUAGUAUGACUUGAAUAAGUGAACUAAACUUUUAUACUUCUUUUGGCUUUCUACAUUAGAUUUGAGAUAUUUUAUAGUUAUUUUAUAAAUUAUUGUUUUUAUAUUGUAAGGUUUUUUAGACCCGAUUUUUAACAUUUUUCAUUUCACACCUAUCCCAAAACAUCAAACAAGUUACAUUUUAAAAUUUACUUUGAGAAAUUUUGAAGCCUUUUCAAAAGUUCAACUUUAACCGAAAAUGCUACGAGCAUCCAUACUUAUGCCAGAUGGGCAUGAAAACAUAGAAAGCCUUCUUCUCUCCUUGGGUGGAUUCUCGACUUUCCAAUUAUGGGCAAGUUUCGCAAUAUUGAGUCCGGAGGUUCCGGCUGCAAUGAUCGCAAUGUUGCCCGUGUUUGUGGGGGCGAAUCAUGCAAAUGAAGAAGCCCUAAUUGGUGGAAUAAUUGGGAAUAGUUCGUCGUCGGAAAGUGGAGAAGAUGAGAAUUAUUUUGUGGGGUUUCAAGCCGGAUCUGUGAUUCAAGAGUGGAAUUUGCGCGGAAGUUCGGCCUGGGUUCCAGAAAUGUUUACGAGUUGUUUCAUGAUGGGUAUGAUGUCGGGGGCAAUUUGUGGAUCGCAGCUGGCAGAUCGCUAUGGGAGAAGGAAGAUUCACUUUCUGUUAAUUUUGACCAUGUCAACUUUUGGAAUUUUGAGUGCACUUGCACCCAAUCCGUGGGUAUAUGCGGUACUAAGAUUUUUUGCUGGAGUGGGGGUUGGAGGAUUCUACUGCAUUUACAGCAUUUAUCUCAUGGAAUUUUUAACUCCUGGGUGGCGCGUUAUCUGUGGAAGUAUAUCGUUCUGGUUCGCGGGAGAGAUGGCGUUAGCAUUUUGUGCGUAUCUAAUUCCAUCAUGGCGUCUACUUUCGUUGGCGGCAGCACUACCAGCGUUUCUAGGAUUGAUGACAUUUCCUUGGCUUCCAGAAACCCCCCGGUGGCUUCUAUGUCACACCCAAACGUCCCAAGCGACCUCCGUGUUUUCCCAAAUUUCAUCCUGGAACGGAACCCCACCUCCAUCGCCCGCAACAAUUGCUUCCCUCCAAAAAGUAAUCACUACUGAGGAGGAAAAUUCCGGAAGUUCGGGUCGAACCUCCCACUCCUUGACCCUCCUCUGGUCCAAUUUCCGAUGCAGACUUGCCAUAUUUAUCGCCCUCUUCUUCUCCGUGGCAUUUUCCUAUUAUGGCAUAACUUUUAACGCAAAAAAUCUUUCAGGAAACCCUUAUCUCAACAUGGGCUACAUGGGUCUCAUCGACAUGAUUGCAUUUCCUGCGGGAUCCGUAUUUUCGAACGCGUUAGGUAGGAGGAGAGUAACGGCGCUCUUUUUGAGCAUGGCGUCCAUCACGUUGUGCGUCCUGAUCGGAUUGGAAAUUUACUUUAGCGGGGAACUAGCAGAAAUUUAUGUGACCAUAUUAAGCUUUUUGGCCCGAUUUGGAGUCGCUGGGGCUUGGGGGGUGGUCGUUUGUUUUUGUCAGGAAUCCUUCCCAACGGUCGUGAGGUCAACGGCGUUAGGGAUUUGUUGCCUAAUGGCGAAUACGGGGGGCGUCCUGGCACCGCAGAUCGCAUUUGUGGGAACGGUAUGGCCAAUGUUUCCUCACGUAAUUUUUACCGCUAUCAUAAUAGCGUCUACAGGAAUGACUUGGCUUCUCCCCGAAAUGUCGGGCAAACCUCUGGAAAAUUUUUAACUUUGUCUCGCCCGCAGGGAUUUACGAGCGACUUGAACCUCGCUCAACUUACAUAUUAAUGUCUUCAAGAUGCACAACUUUUUGUGCAAGCUGUGUACAUACAUCCAACAAUAAAAUAAAAAUAUGUUGUAUGCAAAUACCAA